CUCUCUUGUGAAACACGUCACAUGAUCCGCCGUACGGUAAUGCCAAAAAAUUCGAUUUGGCACUCCUCGAAGUUCGUUUUGUUUUGACCUAAAUUAGUUAUCAUGGAUGAGAGAGCGCUCGAAGUGAAGAGACUGAGAGAAGAGAGAAAAGCGGCUAAAAGAGAAAGAAGAAAGCAGAAAGGGCUUCCGGAAGAGCCUGCUCCGCCAACCCCACUUCCACCUCCUAAACCGUUGUCUCGUUCGUUCCAGCGCGUCCCUUACAAGCGCAAGUUGGCCAAUCUCGCUGGCCAUUUUACCGUCAUGACCUACAAUAUUCUGGCGCAAGCAUUGAUCAAACGUGAAUUGUUUCCUCACUCGGGCGAUCUCUUGAAAUGGAAAACAAGAAGGAAGAUGGUGAUGGAUGAAAUUACCAUGUAUAAACCGGAUAUUUUGUGUUUACAAGAGGUCGAUAUGUACGAAGAAUUCUAUGAGUCACAGUUUUCAAAGUUGGGAUACAAGACUUUAUUUUAUAAACACAGCACCAAGAAACAUGGUUGCAUGAUUGGUUAUCAGGCUGGCCAGUUUACUUUGGCGGAAAAUCGAAAUUUUGACUAUGACACCGACGAUCUUUGUCCCGUCACACAAAACACUGGAAAUAUCAUGCAACUGGCAGCUCUCAAGCAUGUCCACCAGCAACAUCUUGGCGUCGUGGUUGGCAACACUCAUUUAUACUGGCGGCCCCAGUCCUCUUACGAAAGAUUACGGCAAGGCGCCAUCUACAAUAGGAAAUUGAGCCAAUUUAGAAAAGAGCUGGCAGAAACUCACGGCCAAACACAAUGGCAUGCUUUGAUGCUUGGAGACUUUAAUUCGACGCCCACCGAUCCACUGUAUGCAAAGAUGGUAGGAUUAGAACUCACGGAUUUCCAUAUGCAGGACUUGCAAAUGUCAAGACGCGCCUUUUCGCAAGAUGAGGAUGAGACCUCGGUCUCGGCUUUUGCAGACCGAUCAGAAGAGGAAGAACAAGAGCCUCGAGACGAUCUGAUCCCCGUGGACGAAUUAUUGUCCUACUUUAAAGACAUACCAAAAUGGAAAAGUGUAUAUCAAUGCUAUGCACAGCUGGAUAAUUCCAUGAGCGAUGGUUUGGGAGAACCGAGAUUCACGAAUUACGCUGAAGUGUUUCAAGGCACACUAGAUUAUAUAUUUGUGGAAGACACCUCAGUGACCCUGGCAGCGUCGGAGAUUCUUAUGCUACCGAAAGAAGACGAUCUCAAACCUGCGCUGCCUAAUAAAAAUUAUGGUAGCGAUCAUUUGUGUCUUUUAGCUAAACUAGACUUUGGUGAAUAAAAAGGCUGAAUGUAGACAUCUCUACCGCA